AUGCUAGCGGCAGCUAAUUCCUUGCCAUCAGCGUCGUCAUCGUCGUCGUCGCUAAUUCAACGGGCGCCAGCUGGGGCUCGCAGCAUUUCGUUCGCGAGGACCGGGCGAUUGGGGAGUGGAGUCGGGCGAAGGAGAGCGUUGCUGGUGACAGCAGCCACAGGCGGGGCGAAGGGGUUCGGCAAGGCGGACGACAGCAAGAGCCGGAAGCCCACUCCCAACAAAGGCAGUGGGGCUCCCAAGCAAGAUGCGGCCAUUCCUGGCGUCAGUGAAAACGAGUGGGCGCCAGAUGUGUCGGCAGCGCAACAGGCGUUGCAGAGGCCCUCCCGUGCUGCCUUGGACGACGACCGGCUGUUUGAGGAGCGCCUGAGAGAAGUGCGACGGCAAGCGGAGGAGAAGAAGCGGGCAAAAGCGGUGCAAAGCACAGCAGCCAUCGAUUACGACAACCCACAGACAGAGCCGCUGGUGGACACGGCUGAACUCACCAAGGACCUGCCCACUAAGAUCGGCAUUGGCAUAGCGGCCACGGUGUUUGCUGCCAUAUUCGCCUUCGGAGACAUUCUCCCCGCCCCUUCUCCCCCCGCGCAGCAGCAGACGGUGGAUGCGAGUGGAAUUGCAGUCGGCAAGAUGACCGACGCCCAGAGGAAGCAGCGAGAGGACCAGCUGAAGGAGUUUGAGGGGCGGCUGGCCACCACACCAGACAACAGGGAAGCACUGGAGGGAGCUGCAGUGCUGUAUGCUGAGCUGGGGCAGUAUGGGCAGGCGGCUCAACGCCUGGAACAGCUCAGCCAGGUCGCCCCGGAGGACCCCGAGGUGCAGCGCCUUCUGGGGGAGGUGCGAUUCGAGCUGGGCGAGUAUGGUGCCAGUGCUGCUGCGUACAGGCGCGCAGUCAAGGUGUCGCCUGUGGAGUCGCUGGAGGUGCUGCAGGGACUGACGGGCGCUCUGCUGGCUGACAACAAGCCGCAGCAGGCAGUGGACGAGCUGCUGGCAGCGCGACAGCGGGUGACAUCAGCAGCAGCAGCAGCAGUAGCAGGGGAAGCGGAGGCGGAGCAGGAAGGGGUAGCGGACGAGGUGCAGGUGGCGCUGCUGCUGGGGAAGGCGUAUGCGGCAUGGGGGCGGCCGGGGGAUGCUGCUGCGGUGUACGACGGGCUCAUUGCCUCCCUCCCUGACGACUUCCGAGGCUACCUGGCCAAGGGCUUGUUCCUCAAGGAUAAUGGCAACCAGGCAGAGGCUGACAGGAUGUUUCUUCAGGCUAGAUACCUGGCGCCAGAUCAGGUGAAAGUGCUGGUUGAUCGGCUCGCGAAGAGAUAA